UAAAUAGAAAUUGAAAAUUUAAACGAACAGCCAAUACUAACACGAUCAUCAAUAAUAAUGAGAGAGAUGAUAGGGGAAAAGAGGAAAUAGCUUUUAUUCUCGAAAUAAACAGUGAUUUGAUCUAUCAAAUCCAAUUUCCUUUUCUUUCUUUUCCUCUCAUGAGAUUUUAUGUUUCAUAGCCGCAAUCAGCAAUGAAAGGCGUCUCGUCGGCGCCCGGUGAUUAUGUUUACUUCAAGUCUCAAGUUCCUCUUCACAAGAUCCCUAUUGGCACAAAGCAGUGGCGGUAUUACGAUUUUGGUCCAAAAGUGGUUCCACCUCUUAUUUGUCUUCCUGGAAUAGCAGGGACAGCGGAUGUUUACUAUAAACAGAUAAUGUCAUUGUCCAUGAAGGGUUAUCGGGUGAUUUCUAUUGAUAUUCCGCGUGUAUGGAAUCAUCAUGAAUGGAUCCAAGCAUUUGAAAAAUUUUUGGAUGUCAUCGAUGUUCAUCAUGUACAUCUGUAUGGCUCAUCUCUCGGGGGCUUCUUAGCACAACUUUUCGCACAGCAUCGUCCAAGACGAGUGAGGUCACUAAUACUGUCAAAUACAUUUCUGGACACACGGGAUUUUGCAGCUGCAAUGCCAUGGGCUCCAGUUGUUAGCUGGACCCCUUCAUUUUUGCUUAAGCGUUAUGUCUUAACUGGAAUUCGUGAUGGUCCUCAUGAACCAUUCAUUGCAGAUUCUGUGGAUUUUGUUGUUUCUCAGGUUGAAACGCUUUCAAGAGAAGACUUGGCUUCCAGGUUGACCUUGAAUGUUGAUGCUGCUUCAGUUGGAUCUCUUCUACUUUCAGAUUCCUGCAUCACUAUAAUGGAUACAAAUGAUUAUUGUGCAAUUCCUCAACAACUCAAAGACCAAUUGGGUGAAAGAUAUCCUGAAGCAAGGCGGGCUUACUUGAAAACAGGAGGAGAUUUCCCAUUUCUUUCUCGCCCAGAUGAAGUCAACUUGCAUCUUCAGCUACACUUGCGACGAGUUGGGGUUGAAGCUCGACCAGAUUUAGUCCGGGGCAUCCCUAAAGAUGGUACUGGUGGGAGUCACAGUGAAAAAGAGAACGAGAAAGAAGAUCCAGAUGAUCAGCCCAAACAUAGAGAAAACUCCGAAAGUCCAUCUGGAAAAAAUCAAUUGCCUCCUGCAUCAGAAAGUUCAGAAUCACAUACUGUAGACGAGCAGCUACUUAGUAAUGCAGAAGUUUUCCUCAUUGAUCAGAAAGAUAUUUCAAAUCUUUGUGAACUACUGAAGAAAGAACAAAUUAUAGACACUGAAAGCAUUUUGCAGUCUACCUGGGCGAGUUUUCUUCCAUUUUUACUCUCUUCUUAUAUGCAAUCAUUGUACACUACAACCAAAUUGUUGUCAGAACCUAAGGCAACCGGUUAAAUUAGAUUUGCACACGACUGUUCACAUGGCUGUGCUAAAUUUCCACUAGCAUAUUUGUUGCAAAUGGACUCUCCUGGAGGUUGUUAGUGUUUUAGCUGUGAACCCAGUUGUUCUGUUUGACAUAGUUGUACAUUUGUACAUUUGGCAAUCAAAAUUUUUUCAUGAAAUUGUGAAGUGAA